GUGCCCCCUGCCCAGCAGAGGAAUGGACUCUGUGCUUGCUCGUAACUAUGCUAGCUGAAUCUCUACGUCACUCAUCUAUAAAAGUUUAUUUGUCAGCAGUUCGUGCUCUACAUAUCGAACAAGGCUUCAGGGAUCCCCUACAAAACUGCUUACGGCUUCAAAGAGUGCUAAAAGGCAUCAAGCGAAUUCAAGGUGUGGCCUCAUCUGUUCCCCGACUCCCAGUUACCCCUGGGGUCCUCAGGGUAGUACGCUCUGGCUUGGUUCUUUCAUCAUUCAAUGAUUGCAUGUUCUGGGCUGCAUGCCUACUGGCUUAUUUUGGUUUCCUUCGAUCAGCUGAAUUUACCUGUCCCUCCUUGAAAUCAUUUGACUCSAAAAUACACCUAUCUGUGCAAGAUAUAACUGUCAAUUCUACAGAGGUUCCCACGUGCCUUCGAGUGUUCAUCAAGACCUCAAAGACUGAUCCCUUUCGCCAGGGCUGUCAUGUUUACGUUGGUCUCGGGUCAUCUUCAUUGUGCGCAGUGCAAGCUAUGUUAGAUUAUUUAUCUCKUCGUGGUAAUGGCCCAGGCCCCCAUUUCCUGUUGGAAAAUGGGCAGCCUCUUACUAGGCAGCUGGUCACAGAUCGCCUUAGGACUAUACUCCAGUCAGCAGGAGUGCCAGGUAAUUUUUCAAGCCACAGUUUUCGGAUUGGGGCUGCWACUACAGCUGCUCAAGUGGGCAUSCCUGACCACCUAAUUCAGGUUUUGGGCYGCUGGAAAAGUGAGGCUUAUAAGCAGUACAUCAGAACUCCACCUGAAGUAAUCUUCAAGUUAUCUGGUAAACUUGCGUAGUCUUUGGUAAGUUGGCUUAUUUUGUUAUUUUGCUACUUAAUUGUUUGCUGCCUAUCAUUGCCUUCACAUUGCCAUGACAUGCGUGGUUUCCUAUUGGCUACUUAGUUUGCUAGCAGAUGGGAUUGGGAGGUGCCAUUGUUGGCUCUUGGAGAACGUGUUUGGUGUUCAGUCAGUCCCAUGGCCCC